GGCAGAGAAGGAGACGAUAAGCGACGAGCCGUUGACGAAGGAUGUGAUGGCAGUCAACGCGGACGCCAUCGAAGACCCGGAGGAAUCAGAUGAACCAAAUGUUACGUUCAAAUCAUUGGGCGUGACUGAAGUGUUGUGUGAAUCGUGUGAAGCACUCAAAUGGCAUAAACCAACGAAAAUACAGAUACAGUCCAUUCCUAUUGGCCUCCAAGGUCGAGAUAUCAUUGGUUUGGCCGAAACGGGUUCGGGAAAGACCGGCGCUUUCGCUAUACCUAUACUUCAGGCGCUGUUAGAAACUCCUCAAAAGCUCUUCGCUUUGAUUUUAACGCCGACUCGAGAGCUGGCCUUUCAGAUCAGCGAACAGUUGAUGGCUUUGGGAUCGAGUUUUGGCCUCAAAUGCGCGACAAUCGUUGGCGGAAUGGAUAUGAUUAACCAAUCGAUGAGUUUGGCCAAAAAGCCGCACAUAAUAGUGGCCACUCCGGGACGACUGGUCGACCACUUGGAGAAUACGAAAGGUUUUAAUCUAAAGAGUUUGAAAUAUCUGGUGUUAGACGAAGCCGACAGAAUCCUGAACAUGGAUUUUGAACAAGAAGUGGACAAACUAUUGACUGUUAUUCCCAAAGAGAGAAACACUUUCAUGUUUUCGGCCACAAUGACUAAAAAGGUGCAGAAAUUACAGAGAGCUUCGCUCAAAGACCCGGUCCGAGUGGAGGUGUCGUCCAAAUACCAAACUGUUGAUAGUCUGCAACAGCAC